UUUCGUGGAUGAUUAACAUACUUAAACCAAAUAAAAUAAAAUAUUUAUUCAGUUCCCCGGUGUACCAUAUUUAUUCGAAUUGAGGCGAGUUCAAUUUUUGUUGAGUUCCCCGGUGUACCAUAUCAUAACCCAUAUAUUAAAUUCAUUUAAACCAAAUAAAAUAAAAUAUCUAAUCCACUUCUUCACUUUCCCUCUUUUCCCACUCCCAACCUCCGCAAACCUCAGCUUCCACCGCGACGCCGCCAUGAACGCGGCCUCUCUCUUCCUCACACCCCUCUUUCCUGUGAACUCCCGCACCGCCCGGCCGCUUUCUAUCCCAAAGCUCAACAUUAUCCGCUCACUGCCAAUGGCCCGGUCCCUAUCUUCCAGACCGGACUUCCGCGUCCGCGCUGACGACGGAGACGCUGACGGCGGAGGUCCGGACGAAUACGACAUGGACGACGACGAGGUCGAGGAGGUCGACAAUAAGAAGGACUUCGACGUCGAUUAUGACACGGCCGCCGCCCUCGCCGUCGCCUCCGCCGGUGGCGGCGCAGAGGAGGAAAUUGAGAUGGUGCACAGCAAGAGCUUCGUGUCAAUUCAGGGAUGGGACUCGGAGAAAAUCGUGGAUUAUCGGAUAAACGAAGAUGAGUUCCAUAAGAUUUGUUUGCUGGAUUGCGAUUUUUUCAUUCGGAAACCGCCUGAUCCGGAUAAUGACGUCUACGACUUCCGCGAGAUGUAUGUCACACCUCCAGACACUGAUGUGUAUGCGAUUCCAAAGGUUCUUGCACCAAUGCCCGAGAAGUAUAUCCGAUGUGCUCAAAGUGAUUAUGGGUGCUACAAUGUGACAGAGCCCCCGAUUGAUGCACCUAGAGAUCCCAUGUAUAAAUCAGAGAGGGAAGUCCUAAAGGUUUUCUUGACGAAACACUAUAGGAAUCGUCGCUACGGCGAUCCAGAAUUUAUGCUGGAUUUUGAAGAAAUUUAUGUAAUUGACUCAAAAACAAGAUCAAUCUCGAGGGCUACAGUUAUGGUGACGGUACCUGGUGGCAAAAGCCGGGAUAGAAAGAAAGAUUUACUCGUUGUUCGCGACAAAGGGAACACCUUCAAAAUAAUUUCUUCAGAAGAAAGAGACGACCCGACCACGGUUAUAGAGAAGGAGGACUGGAACAAAACGAGGGACGAAAUGGAAAAGCAUCUCAGAAAGCUUCGCGACUUCAGUGUCUCAAAUUGGUUCUAGUUACACAGCUGCACCUGGAAGAGAUGAUGAAUACCCAGCAGAUUCUCGUGGCAUCUCCGCCCCGUCUCUGCCGCCUGCUGAGCGGUGGAGUGGCAGCGUUUUGGUCUGGUUGGCUCAGGAAGAGCAGAAAUGUAACUGUGCUGGAGAGUGUGGGGAGAUGCUAGAAAAGUGACAUCAAAGGUCACUUUGUAAUUUUGUUGUGUAGAAUUGUUGUAUUGUUUCCAAAUUAGGGAUGAUAACAUUGAAGUGUAAAGUAAAGCUCCCAUUUCACAAAAUUUAGAU